AUGGGCCAUAUCACAUACCCCGAGCCUGAGAGUGCCUUGUCACGAGUGGCCUUCCACGGAGACCUCGACCAGGUUAGCAUGCUGCUCGACAAUGGCGAAAAUUAUCGAUCAUGGGACAAGUCUGGAUGGACCGCACUGCACUGGGCUGUCAUUGGCGGUCAUCUACAUAUCGUUCGAAAACUCCUGGAGCACCAUUCAAAGUCUGAACAGACUGAUCUCGAGUUGUAUAGAAUGACUACAGAGCAGGUCAAGUCAUAUACUGAUGGGCCGCCUCCGAUUCUCUUGGCCGCGGAAAGGCGAAAUGGCGAGAAAUCUAUUGACGUGGAGAUAUUCUGUGAGCUUGCGCACCACCUAGAGACCCCAAGAGAAAGGCUGCGUGUUGCCAAGUUCAACAUCAUAUGGAAACAAGGAAAAUUUGAUACCGGUCAGUCACGAUUCUCGGCCAACCUGUGGAGAAUCCUAGGAAAAGACGAGCGCUGCAACGGACUUGAAUGCAGAAUCCCCAGCCCCUACGGAUAUCGCAGCAGUGAUCUCAGCAGCUACAGAUCAAACGAAUCAGAUUGGAAAUCCAAGUUAUUGCUGUGUGCUAUCCGUGAUAGCCAAUGGUCAGUGAUGGAGAUGCUGAUCAAAGCGGUCCCCGACGCCAAUUUUGACCAUGCACUCCAUGUAGCUGCCUUCCGCAGUGAUCCACGUUACGUGCAAUGUCUCAUGCAACAUGGUGCAGAUGUCAACUUCGCAACGCUGGCCGGGCGUACAGCCCUACAUGAAGCUGUGAUGAAUGGGUUCUUGGAUACAAUUACCGCUCUCGUCAACAGUGGAGCAGAUGUGAACCAACAACAGACCAGUGAAUAUUGGGACUCCCCACGUCAUCCGGAUUGUCGUCUUACCACCGAAGGCUUCGACUUCUGGCUGACUAGAAAAGGCGCAUCCACACUUAUGCAGGCCUGUGGGUUCUUACUUAGUCGCAACGCCAGAUUUCGCCAGCGAAAUUCUGAAGAUACGCAGCUACCGGAAGAGAAGAGUUUGGAUAUUGUGCGAUGUCUACUGUCCAAAGGUGCAGAUCCGAUGUUGGCUGAUUCCUUUGGCAUGACAGUACUUCACUACGCGGUCUUGCAACCCCAUGUAUCACUUAUCGAGCUUCUAGUCCAGUCGGGAGCCUCAGUGGAAGCUUUGGACCAUGAAGGACGAACGCCACUACAUUACUUCGCCCGAUGUGACGAUAAUAUCAAUAUGCAAGACCUUGAACAGACAGCCCGUUUACUUUGUCGCAAAGACACCACGGAGCUCUCUCCAGACUUUCUGAACAAGCGUGUGACUAGACCCCUAAAUUCAAGCGAAGAACAAGAGUCUGCUGUUCGUUCCUUGACUGUUACGCGUACUAUCCGAAAGAAUCGUAUAGUCUCCUGGAUCCCAGAAAAUGAUGAUGCACGUACCGCUCUUGCCAUCGCUCUACUUGGUAACCGAUGGAAAGUUGCUGACGUCUUGAUGCGUCUUGGAGCUACCUUUCCUACCAACAUUGACUUCCAAAGCGUAUGGGACAACGCCCUCAAAGAUCUCGAAGCCAAUACCGUGGGUCUUCUAUUGCACAAUGGAAUGGAACCGCCGCCAUUCUCGCUCAUGACACUGAUCCGAGCGUACCUAGAGCAGAGGGGUGCGAGAAAUGUUGCUAGCAACCUAUGGACAAGGUUCAAAUCCAUAUUGACUACCAUAGUACAUGCUGGAGCGGACGUGAAUUUCUGCGAAACAGAGGAGUUGUCAAAAAGUGAACAUGAGAAUUCAGAGAGCGAUGACGAGAAUAUAAAGCGUGUCAAGGAUGGGUCAAAAACCACAACUCCUCUAAAUCUCGUUGCGAGCAUCAGUGGUUCACGUGAAAUACUCGAAGAACUUCUGUCGUUUGGUGCAGACGUGUAUGCUGUCUCUUCACACACAUUUGACCCGAUUUUGACGGCCACAUUGUUCGGAGAGCUACAGGACCUAAAAUGUCUGUUAGAUCGAGCUUCGUCUGAUCCCCGCGAGUCCCACUGGUCAAUGUUCCUGGACAACGUCCCCCAGAAAGAUGAUGCUAUCGUCCGUGUAUGCCAAAGUCUGAAGAAAGCUGACUCUCUGAACAAAACCAACUUUCAAGGCCGAACACUGCUGCAUCUCGCUGUAGAGCAGGGAAAUAAUGAGCUACUUGCAGCAUUAAUUUCAAGUGGGGCUAGAACAGAUAUCCUUGAUAAUCAAGGGAUCUCUGCCAUCAAGUGCGCUGCUACUGCACGGAAUGCACAUGCAUUUGAAGCACUUUUCACAGAAGAAAAUGAUCCGGAAUCAUACAACUCUCAAGCGUGGGAGGAAUUUAGACAAUUGGAGAAUGAGGUUGACCCUGCUCUUUCAAAUUCUCAAUCCCCGCACGUUAUUUCGAGCGUGCUGCAAAUUGCCCCCAUCUACAUAUUUGAGCGAUAUCUAGGCUGUAAUCAACUUCCAGCGGUAUAUCAAGCAGUAAUAUCUAGGAACCAUACGCUUUUCUCAUUUCUGCUGAGUCGAAAAGCUGACAUCGAGGCUGCUGACAUAUAUGGCUGGCGCCCACUGCAUAUUGCAUGCUAUUACGGCUACAAAAAAAUGGCGGAUGAUCUCAUCGCCCAGGGUGCAAAUGUACAUUGUGCCACCCAGGCGUGGAAUAAUUCGUAUGACAAGCCUUCAGGUCUAUACUUGGCUAACGCCUGGGCGGGUACGCCUCUUCAUCUCGCCACAAUGGGUGGCCAUGUAGAUAUCUUCCAAGAAUUACUCCAACUUGGUGUUGAUGUCCAUGCAAUGACAAUGACGGACACGGAAAGAUUCACGUUCUCGGGCCAUGGCCCGACGGCACUUCAUCUCGCGCUCGACACCUAUACAUACUAUGGUCGUCAAGGAGAGGCCCUGAGUGAGGAGAGGAUGAGAAUUGCGCAGUUGCUGGUCAAUGAGGGUGCCAUGGUACGGGGUAUGGUUUGUCAAAUGACCCUGGAGGAGAGACGCAAGUUCCAUCGGUUUCCUAGUCUCUGGGAGGCUCUUGUCGCGGAGGACGCAGCCUCUGGCGAAGAGGAUGGCCAAGUCAAGGUGUGA